GGGUUGAUUACUUUCAGCCGUAUCCAAAAUCUGUUCUACCGAAAUUAUUAGAUUUUAAGUUGAAACUGUCACUAUCGCUGGUGGACUAAAAAUAAUUAAUAUUUCAAAUCUAUUCAUCUUCGUGAGAAAUGUCUCAUGUCGACUCUAGCGAAGAUGAGACGGGGCUUCGGACGCCCAGGUUCCUUAGGAGGAACUCGCGGUACAGUCGAAGUACUCCAGGAACACCCCCUUCUUCGGCAGGAAGUUCCGCAGCCGCCAUCGGUCCGAUUUCUCGAGAAGGACUGCAAGUCUGGAGUCAACUACCGGAAGCUAUAAGAUUAGACCCAAGUAUGGCAGCAUUCAAAAGAGAAUACGAAAGAAUUUAUCAAAAUUCGAUAAAAAAAAAAGCCACGGCUGACGAGGACGAAUUUGCUAAGGAUGUUAUGGAUCACGAGAGUCACGAGCAGAAAGUAAAUCCUGUCUAUCGAUUCAUAAAACUGUUGUUACUUAUAUUCUGUUGGUGUGUAUUCACUUUUAUUUUGAUAACUAAACAGGAGAAGGAAGACAUGAUGCACCAAAUCUCGGUCCCGGCAUACAAAGUGAGAGAUUAUUUAUUGUCUGGAAUUCCAACGCAAAGUCAAGUCGCUGUGACCCUAGAAGGUGCGCUUUUGCCGCCCGUUUACGCCAAUCUUACAACAUAUGAUCUGACGGUAUGGCUGGAACUUCUUCAUAUCGGUCCGAACACCAGUGGAGCUUUCUUCGAGAACGUAAAAUUUGUCAAAAAUAUCAGCGAGCCUUGGGUGGUGCCUUUAGUAUCUGAGGAAUUAAUAGACAUCGUGCCGGAUCAAAGACAACAAAAAAUUUUUGAACUUCAAGAUUUUGAUAUCAAAAAGAUGUCGAAAAGUGUGCUAAGGAUGAAAUUAAAAACUAAUUUACAGUCCAGCCUUCCGGUCGCCAUGGGGUAUGAUUUAUCGCCGAUAAAUGUUAACGAUGGAAUUAUUUUAGCAGCUAUGGUACUCGUCGGGUUAUACGUUCUGAUCAUUUUUGAGAUUGUACACAGAGCGUUAGCUGCGAUGUUAGCGUCCACUAUGUCGGUUGCGAUUUUGGCAGCCCUGAACGAAAGACCGUCAAUGGCAGAACUUAUUUCGUGGAUAGACAGUGAAACUUUACUUUUACUUUUCUCGAUGAUGGUGCUUGUGGCGAUAUUUUCUGAAACGGGUAUAUUCGAUUACCUGGCCGUCUUCGCGUACAAGAUAACCGGUGGAAAAGUUUGGCCGCUGAUUCACACGCUCUGCAUUUUCACCGCUGUCUUAUCUUCAUUUCUUGACAACGUAACAACGGUUCUCCUGAUGACCCCGGUCACAAUUCGACUUUGCGAGGUCAUGGAGCUGAACCCGGUGCCCGUUUUGAUGGCGAUGAUAGUCUACUCUAACGUCGGCGGCGCCAUUACUCCCGUUGGAGAUCCACCAAACGUGAUAAUCGCUUCCAAUCAUCGCGUUAUCAAGGCCGGCGUUGAUUUCGGUACUUUUACAUUGCACAUGGGAAUCGGUAUAUUCUUGGUUCUCAUCGUUAUACAUUUUCAACUGAGAUUCAUUUUCCGCGAUAUUACCGUUCUGAGAUUCGAUGAGCCUGCAGAUGUGAUGGAACUAAGACACGAAAUAGCGAUUUGGCAAAGAGCUGCAGCAAGCUUGUCCAGUUACAGUAAAGACGAAGAUUUGGUCCGUGGGACACUCACGAAGAAAGUACAACGACUAUUGAACGAGCUGAGAAAAAAAUUACUGACCGGUAGUGUCGCCAUAGAAAAUUACAAAGCCAAUUUAGAGGAACUAACAGAAAAAUAUCCAAUCCGAGACACAUUUUUACUCGUGAAGUGCGGCGUGACCCUGCUCUUCGUCAUCACAUUAUUUUUCCUGCACAGCAUUCCAAAUUUGAAUUUAUCGCUUGGAUGGACCGCACUCCUCGGCGUUUUGUUACUCUUAGUUUUAGCGGAUACAGAGGAUCUGGACGGCCUUCUGGCUCGCGUCGAGUGGAGCACCCUAGUCUUUUUCGCAUCCCUUUUCAUUCUCAUGGAGGCGCUAUCUCGACUUGGCCUCAUUGCUUGGAUAGGCAAGCAGACCGAGGCUGUGAUAUUAUCGGUCAACGAAGAAUCUCAACUUGCCGUUGCGAUAUUACUUUUGUUAUGGGUGUCCGCUAUCGCGAGCGCUUUCGUGGAUAAUAUCCCACUGACAACCAUGAUGAUCCGAAUUGCUACUGGUCUAGCGCAUAAUCACGAGUUGCAACUUCCGCUGCAACCGCUGGUUUGGGCACUCGCUUUUGGUGCCUGUCUUGGAGGAAACGGAACUUUGAUUGGAGCAAGUGCCAAUGUGGUCUGCGCGGGUGUAGCCGAACAGCACGGUUAUCGUAUUACCUUCAUGCAAUUUUUCAAGGUAGGAUUCCCCAUCAUGUUAUCGACCACAACGAUUGUUAUGGUGUAUCUCCUCGUUGCUCACGUCGCAUUCGAUUGGAACGGCGUAUAAUAAUUUACCGGAAGAAACUGCAGGCAAUUUCUUUUUCAAAAAUUUAUACCAAAAUAUGCACAUACCUAUAUCAAGUGCACUCGUGAUGAUCACGAAUGUCAUCACUUUUAUUAUUAUUGUUAUUGUAUACUACGAACAGAAGUAUUUUACGAUUCACAUUUACGUGUUGCAAUCUAUGUUUUAUUUAUUUUCAUGUUACAUCAAUCGUGUAAUAUUAACACUCGAUUAUUUUGAAAUAUAAGCUCUUUCCAUACAAAAUCUUGCUCACACCUCAUCCCAUCUUAGAAAGGAGACAAUGCUACGGAGUCCAUUUGAAAAAAUCACUGAUCAAAAUCAACACCUCUAACUGAUUAUGAUUCGUCCAUCCAAUAAUAAAGCGGUUGUAACUGGUUGACCGUUUAACAACGAAUGGUAACAGUCGUUAACUUCGUUGGUAAGAAAUCUUUGAGUGGUUGUUGAUAGCGUUGCUCGCUGUUUCAGAAUUCUUUCCGAACAACGAACGGUCUGGUUAUCGACGUUAUACUCAAAGGUAGCCCCGGCUUAGCGGAUCGCUGCUACACAGCCGUUGAGAAUGGAUGAGCCCACCUACUCCCAACUUUACUGCCAUCUAUCAAACAAUUUCUACUCCAUUGGAAAUUAGCAAUGACUUAUGCGAAUGUUUCUGUGUUCAAGGCAAAUGAAAGUUUCGAAUAUUCCUCUACUACGACGCUGUAACUUCUUUUUUACCUAUCAUCUCGCGAUCUCAGCACGUUCCUUUCAGUUGAGUCACGCAAAAGGCCGUUUACGAAAUAUAAAGAAAUUUUAUGACAUCCCGCUCGGUCUGAAACACCUGCCCGCUUUGAUUCCAACUUAUACUUGUCGGUCCUUCAUUUCAUUUUUUUUUUUUAAUUAUUCAAGCAUCAAAUCGCUUCAACGAUCGAUCUUUCAGUUCAACUUUUUACGGGCUCGUUGUAUAUCACGACCAAAUUUAUCUUUGCAAUCUCUUUUUCAUCAAGCCAACUAGAGAGUCAACAAAAUCGAUCAAUUACCCAAACUCCUUGUUAAUCACGAAGAACCGAUGAACGAUUGAGUAUUACCAGUAAAUGGACAGAGACCUUGUUGUAAAAAAUUUACUUUCUGGCGUAAUUUUAAUGACUCAUAUUGCACUCCAACUUUCGUAUGAAGUACGGCAGUGAUUUUUAAGGAUCGCAAUCAUUAAUCAAGGAUUAAUCGACAUAUUUUCAUCAGAUACGCAAACUCACUCUCAUUUAUUUCCAUGUCAACGGUUGUAUGUACGUACAUACCGCGAACAUGAAGGGUGGCCCAAAUAUACAAUGUUAAACAUGUCAUAUCGCUCCCGGCAUGAACGACCUUAUGUGAUCGAAGAUCUUUACGGAUUGACUGCUCAUUUAUCUUACGCAGGGCAAAGGAAUAAGUCUCGGUAUUUUAAUUGGGAACGGAAAAAUCAAUUGGACGUAGAAAGCUGCGUAGUAUUUGAUUGAAAAAUAAAUGCAACUGCAGGAUAUGGGUGCACGCGCGCAUGUCACACAUACAUAUGAUUUUGGGUAAUUAGCAUUGAGAUAUUGGAAGGGUAUUCAACCGCAUGGAGUGG